UAUCAAUUUAAUUCCCCCAAUGUUCCUCAAAAAGGCAACCAGGAACUAAAUUAUUAUAUGAAAAAACAUCGCGUCUUUGACAAAUUCGAAUACGAACUGGCAAUACGGAAAAGAUAUACAGACUCCAGGAUUUUUAACGAAUUUGUCCUAAAAUGGACGUGGACCCUGCGGCCGCGGGCGAACAAAAACUAGCGAGCGCAUCUGAUCAGCUACUCGUUGCCGCCAUAGAUUUUGGGACGACAUAUUCUGGAUAUGCGUUUUCGUUCCGCCACGAUUAUGAGAGAGAUGCCCUCAAGAUCAGUAACAACACGUCCUGGACCGCAAGUGGACAGGGUUUGACAUCAUGGAAGACACCGACCACAGUCUUGUUGGAACCAGAUAAAAGUUUUCACUCUUUUGGGUACGAAGCGGAAGAGAAAUACAUUGAGCUUGCAGAGGACGAAAAACAUCAAGAUUGGUUCUAUUUCCAACGGUUCAAGAUGCUCCUGCAUGACAAAUUGGGUCUGAAAAGAGAUGUAUUGAUUCCUGACGCAAGCGGAAAAGAAAUGGAAGCGAAAAAAAUAUUUGCAAUUGCAAUCAGAUAUUUGAAAGACCACCUCCUCAAAAUGAUAUUGAACAAAGGCAUCGAGUUUUAUGAGGAAGACAUUCUUUGGGUGUUGACUAUUCCGGCAAUUUGGAGCGAGCCUGCCAAACAGUUUAUGCGUGAAGCGGCAGUGGAGGCGGGGAUACCCGGGGUGCGACUAAAGCUUGCCCUGGAGCCAGAGGCGGCGAGCGUUUAUUGCAAGACGGUGCCCCUGGAAAGGCGUCAAGAUGAUGAACAGCGUUUAACCCUCGGUCCUUUCUGUAUCGCCACGCGAUAUCUCGUCCUUGAUAUUGGAGGCGGCACAGUGGACGUAACAGUUCAUGAAGUGAAGCCAGACGGGACUCUCAAGGAGCUGCAUAAGGCCAGUGGGGGCGCCUGGGGAGGUACCAAGGUGGAUCAGGCUUAUAUGGAGCUGUAUGAGAACCUGCUGGGGAAAGAUGUCAUGGAAGAAUUCAAGCAUAAGAGCAAGUUUGAUUUUUUGGACAUGCACCGUGAUUUUGAGAUAAAGAAAAGAAACUUGAACAUCGAAUCCGAAAACAUCAACAUACGACUUUCGGCCGCCCUUGCCGACCAUACAAAAGAAAUGACCAACAAGACUGUCGCGAAAAACGUAGAGAUAAAAGGAUUCAGUGACAGAAUAAAUGUCAGAAGAGAUAGAAUGACUUUAAAAGUCAGCGUGAUAAAGAAGAUGUUUCAACCAUCUAUCGAUAGUAUCAUCAGCCACGUAAAGGAGGUCCUGCGAAGUCCAAAGGUUAACAAUCGUAUUGAUAAAAUCUUAAUGGUCGGUGGGUUUUCAGAAUCGUCGGUUGUUCGGAAGGCAAUCAGAGAGGCGUUUCCUGAUGUCGCUGUCGUUGCUCCAGAUGAACCAGGUUUGGCUGUACUAAAGGGCGCUGUCAUCUUUGGCCAUUCUCCGAGCUCAAUUUCCACAAGAGUUGUGAGGUACACAUACGGUGUCGCCGUUACAGUGGAUUUUGAUCCGGGCUAUCACCCUGAAGACAAAAUGUUCAUAGACAACCAGGAUAGGAAACUCAUUAGUGACUGCUUUAGUAAGUUUGUUACAAUCGAUGAAAAUGUUGAUGAGGAUGAUAUGAAAUCAAGAGAAUAUGAAAUUCGCGACAAACAAGCACCUUUUGAAAUAACUGUCUACGCAUCAACGGAUGAAAAUCCAGUGAUGGUGACCGACGCAGAUUGUGUGAAACUUGGUCGUAUUGAAGUAAAACCUCCAAUAGGUGGAUGGAGACAAAAAGCUAAGGUCACGGUAGAGUUUGGUUUUGGUGGCACAGAGGUUCGAGUUACCGCCACAGAGAAUCUAACACAAAUCCAGCAUGAGGUAACAUUCGAUUUCCUGAGUUAAAUUCCAAAAGACGUGCAGUGACAUUCAUGUACACAAAUGACCUAGACAUUUGAAACAGAAAAAGGAAGAUUGCAUAAUGUAUUUUUAUUACUAUAAUCCAGUAAUCAAGAUUUACUCAAAUAGUAUAUAUAUAUAUAUAUAAUCAAUGUGUUUGAAAAUCGAUAUACUCGAAUGUACAGUGAUUUUGUUUUAAUAAAGAGUAAA